AUGAGAUAUCUGCAACGGUUAUUGUGUUUCUUCUUAUUUGACCUUGUCAGAGCAAAUUUCGAUUGGAUUUUGUACAACACUCUCACCGAUUCUGAAUGUUUUCUAUAUGAAAAACAUUUAUUUUGUCAUCAUAACGAUACGAAUGAAGCCAAAGUGUGUAGAAAUGGAAUUCCAUGGAAAUAUUCAUCGUUAAAAGCUCUGAACAUAACCACCGAUGUUCUACUCGCUUGGCAAAUUCCAUUUCAACACAUUGAACAAUAUGCGAAAUAUCUUCAAUCAAAUUCGUUCGAUAAUUCCAUUUGCAAUUGUACAUCAUCUCAUAUUGGAUGGUUUUGUCGGUACGAACGUCCAUUGGGUGAAUGGACGAUUCAUCAGACUCUUCAUGACCAACUUGCACGACAUAGGAAUCGAAAAAAUACGAUUCUCGUUUGCCUUGUCGACGGAAUUCAAUGUAACAGUGGUUCAAUUUGUCUUGAGUGGCGACACAUAUGUGAUGGAAUUGUUCAAUGCGCUGAUGGUUCAGAUGAAAUCGAUUGUCAUUUACUUGAAUUUCAUCAAUGUGAUCAAGAGGAAUAUCAAUGUCGAAAUGGAAUGUGUAUACCAAGAGAAUUUGUGUUCGAUGGAAUAUUUGAUUGUAUGGAUGGAAGUGAUGAACAAGAAAACGGCAGAGUCAAUGAAAUUUAUUACAAAUGUCCAACAAAAUCAGCGUGGGAAUGUGAUGAACGUCUUUGUCAUAAAGAUGAAUUUUCAUGUGCUGACGGCCAAUGUGUACAUUGGUCGAAUUUAUUACAUCAUCGUGAUGGAUGUACGAAUAUGCGUGAUUUGGCUCAUCAUUGUGAAAUCUUGAUGACAUAUAGAACAAUGCCUAAUGGAUUUUGCGUUCAAGGAAAACAAUUCGAACGUGUUCAAAAUGAUUCGUUAUGUUCUUUUCAUUUGAGAAAUUUAUUAAGUGGAAUAAACAAGAAGCGUUCGUGGAUUGGAGUAAAUGAAACUUGUGAAGAUGUCAUUCCUUUUCCUCAACAAGCAAUUAUUUCUCCAAUUAUAAAAAUGUUCUUUAACAAAUCAAAUCUCGUCUCAUUCUAUGAUCUUCAUCGACAAAAUUUUCACGAAAAUCUACCGAAGAUCAGUCCCGAUCGUGUGUGUUUCAUCGGUUCAUUUCUAUGUAACGGCAUUCAAACAAGAUUGGAUCAUCAUCAUUGUAUAGAUUUUGAGCAAUUUCAAUCCUUUUCAACUUAUCUGUUUUUCCCAAUACCUUAUCUGUUCUGUCGAAUAGCUUUCCAUGUCAAUACUCUACCAAUCACAGCGUUGCACACAACUGGACAAAUACCGAAUGAAUAUUCCUUCUACGUAUGUAACAGUUCGAAUGAGAUCAUCUCAUUUCGUCGUCUAAAUGAUGGUUAUGCUGAUUGUUUAUUCAGAGAUGAUGAAAACAAUGAUGAGAAGACCGAAACUGAACCUUAUCGAUAUCGUUGUUCAACAUCGCUUUCUUCCGAAUACGUUAGUUAUCAACAAUUGGGGAAUAACAACGAUGAAUGUCAAGACGGAAGUGAUGAACUCUCAUCUAAACUCAAUUGGUUUCUCUUUCGUUGCGAAUAUGAAGAUGAAUAUCCAUGUUGGAUUUUCAGAAGCAAUCGUGUUGAUGAAGUUGAACUACCAUUUCAUCAUUAUUGUAAUUCAAUUUGGGACGUCAUGAAUGGUGAAGAUGAACGAAAUUGUACUCAAUGGAUAUGUAGUUUAGAUAUGUAUCAAUGUAAACGAACUGGGCAAUGUAUUGAUCGAUCAUGGCUGUGCGAUGGAGAAUUCGAUUGUGAUAAUGGAGAAGAUGAAUAUCAUUGUUUUCAAAUAGAGUCAAAUUGGAUAUUGGAAAAUCGAUGUAUGAAACAUGCGGAAUACUUUUGCAUAACAUUUGACUUUCUUGCCAAUGCAACAUUUCCUCGACCGUGUAUUGACUAUGCGAAAAUUGGCGACGGAGUCAUUGAUUGUGUCGGAGGUCGUGAUGAACGAAAUGUUUUGUCAUGUUCAGAUUAUCGGAUGCUUGGAGAUCGUUUCGUUUGUGAUAAUGAGACCAAAUGUCUUUCGAAUACAAGGGUUUGUGAUGGAAUUUUUGAUUGUUUCGAUCAAACUGAUGAAUUGAUUUGUUUUUGGAAUCGUCAUCAAUGUAAAUCUAGACAAUUUCCCUGUUAUGAUGGUCGCAAAUGUAUUGAUCAUCGUUGUAAUGAAAGUCAAGUGUGUCCAUAUGGAGAGCAUCGUUUUUGGUGUCCAACAAAUCCGUUGAAAGCAUAUCGAGAUGCGAAAAUUCGUCGUCCAUCGGAAUAUCAUUCAUUUUGUUCGAGUUAUUCAUCGGAAAAUAGUUCCAUGGUUGUUCACACACGAGCCUUGUCUACUCCGNGACAAUUUCCCUGUUAUGAUGGUCGCAAAUGUAUUGAUCAUCGUUGUAAUGAAAGUCAAGUGUGUCCAUAUGGAGAGCAUCGUUUUUGGUGUCCAACAAAUCCGUUGAAAGCAUAUCGAGAUGCGAAAAUUCGUCGUCCAUCGGAAUAUCAUUCAUUUUGUUCGAGUUAUUCAUCGGAAAAUAGUUCCAUGGUUGUUCACACACGAGCCUUGUCUACUCCGAACAAAAAUGUUCUGAAUACUGUCGAGUUUUGUAAUCGUGGAUUCUUUUUAGUCGCAGAGAAUGAAACAGAAUACAGAUGUUUCUGUCCGCCGAGUUUCUAUGGUGAUCGAUGUCAAUUUAAUCGACGACGAAUCACUGUUCUUAUUCGUUUUGAUCGCCGAUAUCGUUCUGAUUUACCUGCAAUUAUUCAUGUUCUCGUACUUUUACUAUGUAACAACAGUAUUAUCGUUGAUCAUCAGAUGUUUGCUGAUAUUAAUCAAGAAUUUUCCGAGAAACAUCUCAUUUAUUUACUUUAUCCUCGUCCACAACUUCACUGUUCAUAUUCUGUUCGUAUAGAAGUCUAUCGUGGCAUUGAUUUUCUCUCAUUUUGGACAUUUAUGAUUAGUCCAUUCGAAUUUUUACCCGUAUUCCGUCUGGCGAAAAUAAUUCGUUUUCCUGAUGGAAAUCUUCCAUUGACAUGUUCUCAUAAUCGAUGCUUGAACAAUGGCACUUGUUACAUGAGUAAUGCCUAUUCCGAUGAAUAUUUAUGUAUAUGUCAACGUGGUUGGUAUGGUUUACACUGUCAUGAACGACUUUCUCAAACGAAAUGUUCAUCCAAAGCUCUUGUACGCGAUCGUCAUCUUUGUGUAUGUCCACAAGGAUAUCUUCAACCUCAUUGUUAUGCCAAGAACAAUGUAUGUCAUCAAACAAACGAAUGUUUAACUUCACAGAAUUGUUAUGCACUGUCAAUUCUUCCACCAAAUCAACACGUAUGUUUGUGUGGAUUGUCUAAAUGUCGUAAACAUGAAUCGAUCUUGAAAUUGGUUUUCAAUCAAUCGAAUGAAUAUCCUUUGUUGAUUCAACUACUUAAAUUGAUGCCUAAUUAUCCACGCUUGCGACAACAGUUCAUUGUGGAUGUAUCAACAAAAUCUCCAUUACUUCUGCCUAUUUAUACAUAUGAUAGAAGACGAAAGAAUGAUGGAGUUAUGCCUGAGAUUGGUUUACUCUAUAUAUUUGAGCCGUUAGUUGAUUCUGUCGAAAUUCGACUCAAUAUUCUUUAUAUUCAUUGCAGUAAUCAACUUUUCAAUUUAACUUUGGAUCUUUCAAAAGUUCGACAAUGUUAUCCGUUCAAUUCCGAUAGUGAUGAACAAUCAAUUCGAUUAUAUCAUAGCUAUUGUCGUCAACGAAAGUAUCAUCCGUGUUUUUAUUCGAAAAAUUAUGUCUGCUAUUGUAAUGACUUUGCAAAUCGCAGUGAAUGUGUUUCGUAUCGACAACAUAGUCUAACUUGUACACAUUGUCUCAAUCAAGGCAUAUGUGUCCAAGGUGACCUACGAAAUCGCAGUGAUUUCGUAUGUAUUUGUCCNGAUGAACAAUCAAUUCGAUUAUAUCAUAGCUAUUGUCGUCAACGAAAGUAUCAUCCGUGUUUUUAUUCGAAAAAUUAUGUCUGCUAUUGUAAUGACUUUGCAAAUCGCAGUGAAUGUGUUUCGUAUCGACAACAUAGUCUAACUUGUACACAUUGUCUCAAUCAAGGCAUAUGUGUCCAAGGUGACCUACGAAAUCGCAGUGAUUUCGUAUGUAUUUGUCCAAAAUGUGUUAGUGGACGUCUGUGUCAAUUCGCAUUUCGACGUUCGUAUUCAGUUUCAUUUGAAAUGCUAAUAGAAAAAAUUCGAGGGGAAUAUUGCGUUCUCAUCGGAUCGAUCAUAUUUGUACUGAUUGGUAUUUUUCUCAACGGAUUUUGUUUAUUGACAUUCAUACAACCAAAAGUUCGAACAACAGAUAUUGGUUUCUAUCUUUUAUUAAAUACAAUCACCAGUCAACUCAUUCUACUUCUUAUAUUCAUUCGCGUUCUCAACUUAACUGUUACUCAUUCAAUAGUUCGCAAUCUUAACAUGGUUGAAACGGUGUGUAAAAGUGCGCCGUAUCUUCUCGUGUCUUUGAAUUCUCUGAGUUUAUGGCUAAUGGCGUUUGUUACAGUUGGACGAGCAUUGUGUAUUAUUAUUCCUGUUUCAUACAGUUUACUUCGAACAGUUAAAGCUGCAAUAAUUCUAUCUACUAUUACUGCUCUCGUCAUCUGUGGAACGUUUGUACGAUAUAUUGAUCAAUACAAAUUGAUUAUUAGUCCAGAUAAUUCUCGUCCACUAUGUAUUCAACAGAUUUCUACUAAUAGUAGAAAAUAUAUGCAAUAUACUUCAUUAACACAUCAAAUUAUCCCGUUCAUCGUCAAUAUUCUCGCUGCAUUGUUGAUUAUCAUUCUGGUCGCUCGUUCUCGGGCAGCCAGUCGUCAUUUACCAUCUCGUGAGGCCUUCGUUUAUGAAAUUCAACAACAGUAUAACCAACUCAUCGCUCCUUUCGUUUGUUUCCUCAGCGAAUUACCUCAACUGAUUGUACUGUUUUUCAACGCAUGCGAUUAUGAACAUAGCACAUCGUUUACUUUAAUUACACUGGUCGCCUAUUAUAUUUCGUUCAUACCACAACUGAGUCUCUUUUUUAUAUACGUUCUACCAUCAUCACUUUACAAACAAGUAUUCUUCCUUGAAACCAAACUGGGAAGAUAUUUCAAUCGAGUAUUUAAGAUUAUUGACGAUAAAAAGACUAAUAUCACAACAACAACAACUUGA